GUACUCUUUAUUUUGCUCCACAACUAAGCACUUGAAGAACUACUAUUAAGCUCUCAUCACAUAGUGAAAAAAUGGGUUAUUUUUUUCUCCAUUAGAAGAGAAAAAGCAUAAACCACUGAUCGGAGAAGAAUAAUCACCGGGCCGUAAAUGGAUGGAGUAGGGGCAAGAUUGGGCCGAUCAUCGGCCCGUUACGCACCGACAACUGUAUUUACCGGGCCGGUUCGGAAGUGGAAGAAGAAAUGGAUCCAUGGAACACCGUUAAGUUCCGGUAACAACCACAACCGGACAACUACUAACGGCGUUAACGGAAGUAACGGGUCUCAUCUCUUGCUUUUCAAGUGGAUACCUAUUACGGCUAGCCAGAACAAUAACGGCACUACGGAAAUAAAAAACGACGACGUUUCUGUGGAGGAGACACCUAAGCGUAAAUUCAAGUACAUUCCGCUUAACGUGCUCGAAGAACAAAAGAAUGAGGCAUCAGAAGAAGCUGAAGAUGAUAUUAAACCAAUUGAGACGGACACAAAUAGUGAGGAGCCAACAUCUCAGGCAGAUGAUGAUGAUAAACCUGACAUUAACGAUGUGCCCAUGGAAGAGAGUCAGGCUCCGCAGAAACGACCUCCAGAACGACAAGACUUAAAUGAAAGGACUUUAGACUUGUCAUUGGGCUAGAAGGCUCGCGAUGAAAACAAUUCUGACUCAAAAGACAAGAUCAAGCAAAACAUAUUCAGUCAGAAUAGUGAACUCUAGGACUAGGAGCACUAAGUCAUAACGGCUUUCCAAAAAUGUUUCCCUGUAUCAGUUGACUAAACUGCCUGUGUCUUUAUACGACAUUGGCUUAAGGUGAUUGUAAUCUGUAGCCAUUGUUUACUUUGUAGAGAUUCGAUUUUUCCAGAGACUAUAGCAUAAUACCCUUUAUGUUGGACUUGUUAGAAUGAAAUUUGUUGUUGCAUCA